GCCUCUGAGAGCUGUAGGACCAUCUGUUAGGAAUGGAUCCUUGGGGACUCACCACUACUGCCCUCCUGACUUGUGUUCUUUUGCUGAUCUUUUUGUCUCUAUGGAGCCAAGGAUUCAAAAGAGGGAAGCUCCCACCAGGUCCCACUCCUCUUCCCUUUAUUGGCAACAUCUUGCAAUUGGAUAUGAAGAACAUGAGUGCAUCAUUAUCGCAGCUGGCUAAAAAAUAUGGCGACAUCUAUACUCUUUAUUUUGGAACCCAGCGUAUAGUGGUGAUACAUGGAUAUAACAUUAUGAAGGAAGCUCUAAUUGAUCAAGGAGAGAUUUUUAUGGAUAGAGGAGACAUACCAAUAUUUGAAGAUUUUGCUGGAGGACGAGGAGUUAUUUUCAGUCGUGGAGAGAGAUGGAAACAAAUCCGAAGAUUUUCCCUCAUGACCCUAAGGAACUUUGGGAUGGGGAAGAGAAGCAUUGAAGAGAGAGUUCAAGAAGAAGCCCAAUGCCUGGUGGAGGAGCUCAGGAAAACAAAGGGUCAGCCCACUGAUCCCACCUUCAUCCUUAGCUGUGCCCCAUGCAACGUGAUCUGCUCUAUCCUCUUCCGUGAUCGAUUCAAGUACAAAGAUGAGAAAUUUCUCUAUCUGAUGAACUUGUUAAAUGAAAACUUCCGCCUGUUUAACAGACCAUGGACACAGCUCUACAACUUUUUACCAGCAUUCAGAGCAUACCUCCCUGGAGACCAUAAAAGAAUUUUUAAAAAUCUUGAUGAAAUUAAAGGUUUCAUUUUGGAAAGAGUGAAGGAGCAUCAGAAGGUACUGGACCCUAGCAACCCUCAGGACUACAUUGACUGCUACCUCUCCAAAAUGCAGCAGGAGAAAGAUAAUCCCCAGUCUGAAUUUGACUUGGAGAAUCUAAAAAUGACAGCAGCAGAUUUAUUUGCUGCAGGAACAGAGACAACCAGCAGCACGCUAAGAUAUGGUCUGUUGCUCAUUCUGAAACAUCCUGAGGUCCAAGCAAAAAUUCAUGAGGAAAUUCAACGUGUGAUUGGACAUAAUCGAGUUCCUUCCAUAAAGGACAGACAAGAUAUGCCCUACGUGGAUGCUGUGGUGCACGAAGUGCAAAGAUUCAUUGACCUCAUCCCUCUCAACUUACCCCAUGCGGUGAACCGGGACAUCCAUUUCCAACAAUAUAUCCUCCCCAAAGGCACAACAAUCUACCCAUUGCUCUCCCCAGUCUUGUGGGACAGCAAAGAGUUUCCCAACCCUGACCAGUUUGACCCCCAGCACUUCCUGGAUAAGAAUGGGAAAUUCAAGAAAAGUGACCACUUCAUGCCUUUUUCUACUGGAAAACGGUCUUGUCUUGGAGAAGGUCUGGCGAGGAUGGAGUUGUUUUUGUUCCUUACCACCAUUCUACAGAGCUUCACUCUCAAACCCGUUGGAGAUCCAAAUGAAAUUAACCUCAAGUCCAAUUACGUUGGGUUCACCAGUAUCCCACCAUAUUACCAACUAUGCUUUGUUCCUCUCUAAGGAAGAACACAAAGUUGAUUUGGUAAAUUAGCAAGUUGGUUUCA